GUAUAAGAGAGGAAUUUGAACAAAGCGAGCUUAUUUUGGGAACGAAGAGAGGCGAGAAGGAGGGUGAAUUGGUUUCAGGGCAGUAACAAUGGAGUCAUCCCGGGUGUUCUGGGCCUUUGCAUGUCGAUAUUCCUUCCCCUUCUCCGUCCCUGGAACUCCCGUGCCUUUGUAUGUUUCCAUUCUUCAGGGUCUUGUAUUUCUCGGGUAAUGACAGCUUGCCACAACAGGCUUAGCCCGGGUUGGCUUCAUCUCUCGUCUCCCUCCCCUCACCCCGCGACAGCUUCCCCUCUGCCUCUCACUCUCAUGAAGCAAUGCUCUACGGAGGAGAGACUUUAUACGAAUUUCUCAGAUAUGCAAUCUCCAUGCAACUUCACUUGCAGGGCGGUGCGAAAUUCGGCAUGUGCCUGCUGCGAAUUCCCAUACUUCAUCGGAGCCAACCGGUGGGCCGGAAUAUACUUGCGUCCCGGCAACUGGAGCAACUUGGAACAGUUUGAGGAUCCUUUGGAAGCACGCUGUCUAGUCGGUGCUGCUGGAUCCCAUGAUUUGAUACAGGCAGUAUACGAAAAGCGACGCUGCCACAGUACUACAGUCCGUUGUCAUUUGCCGCUGGAUUUCGGCGAGGGCGUUGGAUCUCCACUUAUAGAAAAAGUGCCAGAAUGAAUACUGUUUCACAAUGUUGUGUACCAAUCGUGUUGACCGGGACCUCGACAGGAUGGUCAUCAUCGUCUCAUGCAUCGCAGUUUCCGGGCCUGUCACUCCAGAAUAUAUAAGCGCACGGAACACUCAGCAACCCCGGCAAAACGUACUAAUACCCGCUACUUACAUGCAGACAGGUGUUUUGGACUUUGA